GGUUUGAGAAUAUUACUAUCAGAUUUUGUAAUAAUCACGUCACUCAUCUUCUCCACUCUGCAACUCACUUCCCUUUAUAAUCUGAGUCGAUCAAUCCAAAAAAAAGCUUCAAUCUGAAUAACAAUGGCGUUGAGAUCAUUCAUUGAAGUCCACCCAGAGUCUCACUUCCCAAUUCAAAACCUCCCUUACGGAGUUUUCAAGCACAAAGGCAGUUCCAGUACUCCUCGACCAGCCGUUGCAAUCGGUGACUACGUUCUCGACCUUUCCGAGGUUGCUCUCGCCGGUCUUUUCGACGGCCCCAUCCGAGAUUCCUUUCUUCAGCCUAAUUUGAACAAAUUCAUAGCCUUGGGUCGCCCUGCUUGGAAGCAAGCUCGCUCUACACUUCAAAAGCUGUUGUCAUCUACAGAAUGUGCAUUGCGUGAUAAUGAAAAUUUGAGAACCAAAGCACUUUUGCCUAUGAGCGAGGUCGAAAUGCUUCUGCCUAUUGCUAUAGGGGACUAUACAGAUUUCUUUUCUUCUAUGCAUCAUGCUAAGAAUUGCGGGACUAUAUUUCGCGGUCCGCAGAAUCCUAUUCCUGCCAAUUGGUUUCACCUUCCUAUUGCGUAUCACGGACGGGCUUCUUCUGUUGUUAUUUCUGGAACUGAUAUUGUGAGACCGAGAGGUCAAGGACAUCCAGCUGCAAAUUCCCCACCUUCUUUUGGACCGUCACAGAAGCUUGACUUUGAGCUAGAAAUGGCUGCUGUAGUUGGUCCUGGAAAUGAACUAGGAAAACCUGUAGACGUGGAUAAAGCAGCAGAUCACAUAUUUGGAUUAGUGUUGAUGAAUGAUUGGAGUGCUAGAGACAUUCAAGCAUGGGAAUACGUGCCUCUUGGGCCAUUUCUAGGGAAGAGUUUUGGUACUACAGUUUCCCCUUGGAUUGUGACAUUAGAUGCUUUGGAGCCUUUUGCUUCUGAUGCCCCCAAACAGAAUCCUCAUCCAUUGCCUUAUCUGGCUGAAAAGAUUUCGAAAAUCUAUGACAUCCCAUUAGAGGUUCGCAUUAGACCAGCUGGACAAGAAGAUUCAUGUGUGGUCACAAGAAGUAACUUCAAUCACUUAUAUUGGACAUUAACCCAGCAACUUGCACACCAUACUAUCAAUGGCUGCAACCUUAGGCCAGGGGAUCUAUUUGGAACUGGGACAAUCAGUGGACCUGAGCAAGAUUCGUAUGGAUGCUUGUUAGAACUAACAUGGAAUGGACAAAAGCCCUUAUCCAUAAGUGGGACAGAGCGAAAAUUUCUAGAAGAUGGGGAUGAAGUGAUAAUCAGCGGCUGCUCAAAGGGAGAUGGUUACAAUGUUGGAUUUGGGACGUGCACCGGAAAAGUUCUGCCUUCGCCUGGAUGUUGAAAUUUUCUAUUCCUGAUAAUUUGUAGACUGGGUUUUCUUAUGUAAACUAAUUAUUCCGCUAUUUUUUCGUUAAGCUCUAUUGUACUGUCAACAUACGCGGUAUAUCCCUUAGGUGUUGUGAAUUGCUGAAUAAAACAUGCCUUAGGAAUGCUACUUGCUAGUAUUUGAUGGUUGCCGGUUGAAUGGCCUGCAAAGAGAAAGGAAGUCUCAUAGCUGUAUAGGACAGGAAAUUCUCUUUAAUAUGGGUUCACAUGGACUUCUUUUAUAUGGCUACUACUAUUAUAAGGUACGGAAAUCUUUAUGAGUGUGAAAUACAAUAGAAAAUUUAUGUAUCAAGUUUUAUUUUAUUUU